AUGAUCCCCGAGCCUAUUGAUCCUGCUCUACUCCGAGAACACGCGUUCCAAGACUCUGGGGACCUCGGCAUAGUACUGGCAAAGGAAACGUACACCGAGCUUGGAGGAUUCAAAUCGAUAUUCGAAUAUGGACUUGGAUAUUUCAACUACGGGUUUGGGUUGACCCGUGAAGUGCACGAACGGAGCAUGGCGUGCAUUUUGAAAUCGCAUGUUCUGGAUCAUUACGGUUUGUACAGUUGCGUGGCCUUGAUUUUGGCUAUCCUAUGCUAUAUCGCUCUCAUGCAGGGCCUUAGGGGCGCUAAAUCUGUCAAAGCCGACAAAGACGGUGACAACGUGUACUAUGUGAAGGUUUGA